GUCCGCACCCUGGAGUUCGGCGGCGACUGCGCUGCUGGCCUCAGAGUGGAUGCUUCGCCACUGCUUCCGGCGGCCAUACAGGCAGAGGAUGUCACCGUUGGUGAAGCUGACCUCUACGAAGCGCUCAUGGAGAACGAUUGGCUUCCCUGUGUCGUCCUGGACUACAUUGAUAGUGAGGAGAUCAUGGUGGAGCUCUACACUCCCGGCACCUUCCACUGCGAGAAGCUGGGCCACACCGGGCCGCACCGCACGUCCCUGGCACAUCUGCGGCGGCGCCAGUGGGAGGUCUGUCGCGGCGAGGUUCUCCGAAUCCCAGAUGGGGCCACCCUGACACUGCGCGAGGGUCAGCGUCUCUGGGUCCAAUCUCGUGGGCCAG